AAUAUAAUAAAACUCAUUGUAUACCAUUUUACGGUAAAAUAGCCGCCGAACAGAAUAUCAAGGUCGCUGUCUGCUCAUAUCAGAUCUUCUUCUAAUAAUAAAUAAUAAUCGGCGUCCUCAAGAUUAAAAAUAAUAAUAAUACGCUUAUUAUACGUACGUAAUACGCUAUUUUGUUUGUGAGCCGCCGUUGUUGUUGUGCACUGUGUGAUUUGUGUACUGUUUAUAGUGUUCAGUGUGUGUGUGUGUGUGUGUGUAAUCAUUAUCUAAUACUGUCGCUUUUACGUGAAAAGAACAUCAGACCUACCUACCUACCAACGACGAUGGACUGCAAUGAAACAAUGAAAACGUUUGGAUCGUUCAAACUUACGUUGUAAGUUGGUUUUGUAUCGUUGGUUUCGAGAGAGAACAACAACAACAACAACGAUGAAGUUGUUGGAGAGCUCACAGUUGAACGCGUUGUCGCAGGCGUUGUGCGUGGACCGCGGUGACGAAAAAGUCAUAGCCAGAAUCGAGAGCUAUAGCUGCAAAAUGGUUGGAGACGAAAAACAACAGUACAAGAAAUUCUACCAAGAGAGCGGCACGCAACCAAACGACUUGGAAGCUUUGAGUUCGCCCAGCGAUAGGUACAACGGCGGAAGGAGUUUAAGCGUUUCCGGAGACGACGGAGAUCAGUUGUGCGACACUAUUUCCCGCAAAUCCCUGUUCUAUUUGAUCGCCACGUUGAACGCAACGUUUGCGCCGGAUUACGAUUUCACCGACGCCAAGUCGUCCGAAUUCAGCCGCGAGCGCAGUCUACAAUGGGUGAUGCGCGACAUCGACAACAAUUUGAGCGCCGUCAUUGUGGAACCGUCUUCCGACGGUAAGUCCGAUGUCGUUCAGAACGCCUCCAAGACGAGCUACGGACAAAUCAGGCAUGCGUUAUGGGAACAAAUAGACAAAGAGAUCGGAAUGUCACAAUGCGAUAUCUACAGCUAUACGCCAGAUAUGAGGUCGGACCCGUUCAGUGAAGACGGAUGUUUAUGGUCGUUCAAUUACUUUUUCUACAACAAGAAACUGAAACGAAUCUUGUUUUUCACUUGUCGUCGUAUAGUCGGAUCGUGUUACCCUAUGGAUUUUGACGGAUCUCUUCAUUCGGACGAAAUGCUUAUGCAUCAGUAUUGCGACGGCGAAGCCGACACGUCUUACAGACAUUGCCACAGUAGGGAAAGAAGUCCGUUGACUAGUAGAUGGAUUGACGCUGAAUUACAGUGAUUGAAAUGUUUUAUUAAUUUGUAAAGAUAUUAUUUAUGUUUUAUUUUACUUUGAAAAGAUGAUCUCAACACGAAGAUAUCUAUUAUAAUAUUACUAAAUUAAAUUUUAUUUCU